CCGUGGUAAGAGAUGCCGUAAAGCGUGCCUGUCGCCCAGAGAGGCCGGCUGGCGGCGCCGCUCUCCCCGGCCGGGCUGUCAUGUCGCUGCUGGCGGCCUUGCUGGUGAGAUCCCCGCCGUGCGUGCUGUUGGGCGGCUCCCGAGCGGGGAGAGGCCGGGGUCUGGUCUCGGAGCUGUGGGCCCGGAGCCGCUGUGUGGGUGAGCCUGUCCGCCCGGGGAGGCUGCAUGCGGCCGGGAUCACCUGCCUGGCCCGCCUAGCCCGGCCAUUACUGGGAGCACGGGGACAGGACCGGUUCACAUCGGGCACCCCCCGGCAUGACCCGAAUACAGAGCCCGGGGAGAGAGAACCGGCAACCAAGCGGCUGAAAGACCUGUAUGAAAAUCCUUGGACCAUCCCAAACCUGUUGUCCAUGACACGGAUUGGAUUGUCUCCUGUAUUGGGUUACCUUAUUGUAGGGGAAGACUUUAAUAUCGCACUUGGAAUUUUUGCCCUUGCUGGAUUAACUGACUUGUUAGAUGGGUAUAUUGCACGGAACUGGGCCAAUCAGAAAUCUGCAUUAGGAAGUGCUCUUGAUCCACUGGCUGACAAAAUACUCAUCAGCGUCCUGUAUGUUUGCUUAACAUAUGCAAGCCUUAUUCCAGUUCCUCUUACAGUCAUGAUCAUUUUAAGGGACAUAGCAUUGAUUGCUGCAGUUUUUUAUGUACGGUUCAAAACGCUCCCACCACCAAGAACAGUCAGUAGAUACUUUAAUCCUUGCUACGCGACUGCUCGAUUGGAGCCAACCUUUAUCAGUAAGAUGAAUACAGCAGUUCAGUUAAUUUUGGUGGCGGCUUCAUUAGCAGCACCUGUGUUUAAUUUCGUGGAUAGUGUCUAUCUUCAAGCUUUAUGGUGUAUCACUGCUUUUACAACUGCUGCCUCUGCAUACAGCUAUUACCGUUACGGACAAGAAACCGUCAAGAUUUUGAACAAAUGAAUGUAUAUACGGACAUAAGAAUUACUUGGAUGAUCAAAAAUAUAUUCCCGAUACUUUGAGAUGAUACUGGACUGUAAACAUAACAGAAACUGAAUUAUUGUAUGUCUCAAGGAGUUGAUUUACACAAAAUUACAGAUUGAUUAUUUAUACACUAGAUAUUCAAUAUUUGAAUUUUCGUACAAUAAACAUGAAUUCUAUAA